AUGUAUGUACCGGCAUACAUGCAUGGGGAGGAUAAGUGGUACCCUGUGGACACUGAGAGGUCUGCAUAUGUAUUUUCUGCGUAUUUCAUGAAGGAGAAAAGGAAGAUUUUUAUUAUUGGUGUAAAACAGAAACGUGGUGUUCCACUUGUUUGUCAGUUUUGGAUAAAACAAGAAAAUAGUGGAAAUUUUACAAUGGAAGAAACAGGGGCAGAGAUAAACGUCCCACUUGAACAAAGUAAUCAUCGAUACAGAUCAAUUAUAUUUGAGUGCCCGUUCGAUUCUCCACACUUGCCAGAAUUUAUCUCCCUUGGAACAAGGAGAUGUGAAAGUCCACUGAAUCUUCUACGCGUCCACAAUGCGACAGUGCCACAAAGGUACGAACGUAGAUUCACAGUAUGUCUAAAGCCCCUGCAUUCACACUUUGGACAAGCCAUGGAACUUGUUGAAUGGUUUGAACUUAACAGAAUUCUGGGAGCUGAAAAGUUUAUAGUUUAUAAUUUUUCAACCUCAGUUAAAGUGCAGCAGGUACUUGAUUACUAUUCAAAACGAGGUUUAGCGGAAGUAGUGAAAUGGCAGCUACCGUUGCUUAUAAGGAAAAGAAUACAGAAAGUUGCUGACUUCGUAAAAUUUGGCCAACAUGCUUCUUUAAACGAUUGUCUUUUUCGUAAUAAACAUUUUUCAGAAUUCUUUAUAGAUACGGAUGUUGAUGAAUAUUUGAUCCCCAUGUCUAAACAUGCAAUGACUUGGUCAGAUAUAAUUAAGACUCUGAAACCUGACGCCCACUCUUAUCUGUUUAGAAAUGUUUUCUUCAGGAAGGAAUGGAAAAACAAAAGUCUUGAUUUUCAUCAGAGACGUCAAGCUGAACUGUUGAAUCUCGUAACACUUCAACAUUUUGAACAUGAAAAGAAAACAUGGCCAUAUAAAAUGCGCUCCAAAUUUAUUGCCAGAACUGCAAAAAUAGAUUUUGCCAUGGUUCAUUUUAAUCCCGUUGUAGGGGAAGUUAAUGUUCCCGUUGGAACAGGCUUAUUAUUUCACUAUCGAAAUUGGGGCAACUAUUCGGACAAAUCAGAGAGAGUAACGGAUGAUAUUGUUCUGAAAAAGUUUGGAGAUGUUUUAAUAACAAAUGUUCAGAAUAUUUUAAAAGAUCUUGGACAAGUUGAUGAAUAUUUCAUACAUUAA